GUAUUAUGCAUGUCAAUAUCAGCCCAAUUGCAAAUGGGAUAUCGUCCUGAGGUCCACGAAAUAUUUGGAAUUGCCAAAUACACCCUCGCCGGCCCCGAGAUUACAGCUUAUUGCUUACUCACGAAUAUGGCCACAGAUUCUGCUCGUUACAUUCAUCGCUUCGUUAGUCCAAUCCUUCAUCAUCAACUUGGACAUUCGUCACAUCUUCGCAACCACUUCCCCAGACAUGAUCACAUUCGUUACCUCCACCAACAAACACAUCAGUCCUUCUUCUCCCGGAACCGCUUAAGCAACAUCUCGCAUGCGUCUUCUCUUUCAAAGAAGGUAGCCUUAACACCAUCCCCUCUGUUCUCCAGAAUGAGAGUAGUAUGGUAAGUGCUGUGCUUCUCCGCCAGCUGCGUGGUUCUCGUAAACAAAACCUUCAGAAACUCGACGACUCGUUUCAGAUUUGCCUGAUUACAUACCUCCCAGCUGGCUAACCGCAUUGACAACCUUUUUGCAUGCACCUCCAUUUUACAGGGUCUAACUGAAUCAACCUAAAUACUUCGUCCAAAUUAUUUAUAUACAGAACAUACUUAAUUUAAGUGUCCGAAGACUUAGAUAUAUUCUUUCGAGCCCUCUUUUUAGGAGGGACCCUUCCUUCGAGAAAAGUAUCAAUUUCUAACUGCUUAUCCGGUAAAAUAGGCCGUAUUCACUUAUUUCGCUUGUCCUGGGCUGUUCGGAUCGCUGAUAAGUUAAUGAAUACUUUAUUCGGGUCUGGC